AUGAUAUUUCACUUAUUCCAUUAGCUUAAAUAUCUCCACAUAAGAAAAUUUGAAUGUUUUUUACUGAUAUUAUUUCUAAAAAGUAGUGAAUUCAAGCAAAAUGAUAAAGGCUUGUAUUUUAAAAGAUAUUUGAUUUAGGAUAAUUUGGUAUUAGAAUAAAAAUCUUCAAAUUCUAAAAAAAUAUUAUUAGCACAUCUGAAAACUCUAAAUUCAUUUUGCCAUACAAUAAAUGAUGCUUUCUAAUCUUAGGCGCCUUAUUAUCCUGAUUUAGAAGCUGAGUUUCUAUUUCCAUGUUCUUCACCUUUUGUAGUUUUGGAUUUUGGAGAAGAAGGUGAGUACACAAUAGUUAAAACAUAAUUUUUAACAGAAAACCAUAGUGAUUAAUUUAGGAAAUUGGCACAUGUAAGGUAAACAAGUCAAAAUAAUAUAAUAAGAUAAAAUAAUUCACGAAUAAUCUGA